UUCAUUUUGUUGUGCUAAACAUUGCAUUUCUGUAUCGUAUAGAUACGUCUGAUAUUAAAAGAUUUGAGAGGAAGCCAUUUUCCAACACACAUGCACAGUGUUACGCACACAUUAAAAUUUGUAUCUGCGUUGAAAUAUACGCAGCAUCAAGUUGUUAUCAUACCUAGGAGUUGCAUAGUGACUAAGGUUUCCUACGAUAAAAGGAAAAAGCAAAGUGAAGCAUUUGUGACUUUUUUUCACAGGAGAAAAAACGAUUUUUUCUCCUACGGGUGACAUAAUGCCGUGUCAGCCAAUCUGAACAAACUGGAAAGAAGACCGAACGAGAAUGAUGUUUUGCUGUCUGAGAAAUUGUUUUGACGGCCUUGGUUUUGCCGAAGCCCAAAUACCAAAGGAUCACUCAAAUCCUAUAGCUUUAGACACAUCUUACAUGGGACAUGAAGUUGUAAUAGUAAAGGAUGGUCUAAGAGUGUGUGGUUGUGGUGGUGCCUUAACGAAUGCUCCUCUUGUUCAAAGUAAAAGUUAUUUUGAAGUUAAAAUACAACAAAGUGGUAUAUGGGCAGUUGGAUUAGCCACAAAAUCUACGGAUCUAAAUACUGCCACUGGAGGAAAUGACACGGAAAGUUGGGCCCUUAAUUCUGAUGGUAUUAUAAGGCAUAAUCAACAAGAAAUACAUAAAAUUCAGACUCUAGUUCAAGAAGGAGACAUUAUAGGUGUAUCUUAUGACCAUAUAGAACUUAAUUUCUAUGUAAAUGGGAAAUCUAUGGAAGCUCCAGUAAUAGGAAUAAAAGGAUCUGUAUAUCCAGUACUUUAUGUGGAUGAUGGGGCCAUUUUAGAUUUAAUUGUGGAUAACUUUGUUCAUCCUUCACCUACAGGUUUUGAAAAAAUAAUGUUAGAGCAAUCACUGCUCUAGCGAUAUGGACUAACACAGCAAAGUUGGUUUCUUCAAAGACCAACAUUUUCAAAAUAUUAUAUGUCCAUCCUACAUUAAUGUAACAAUAAAAGAAACAAAGUGAAAAACUAUUCUAAUCUAAACGAAAAGUCUUAAGAUAUAAUUUUAUGAACAACAAAUUCUUUUAAUAAUAAUGUAUAAAUAUAUUUAAUUAGCAAUUUCAAAAUAAACAUCUUAAUUUAUAUCUUAUAUUUUUUAAAUAAUACCUUUAGAAUAAUUUUCAUAUUGACAGUGAAAUGUGAAAACAUUCUAUGACUAA